AUGCUAUUUCUAGAUUAUUCUUUCAGAGAGUUGCUAGCCUUGAGAAAGAGUCAAAUCCUGAGGCAUUUGGAAUCUACAUCUGUGGAGAAGUCACCAUCACCUGUGACAAGCACUGCAUUUUCUUCAGAUACCCAUGUGAAUCAGACACAGACUUCCAAAGAUGUGGAUUUAGAUGCUGAAUAUGAAGCAUUUAAGGCUUCACUCUCCUCUGAUGUCAACUUUAAAAAAUUGUCACCAGAUAUCUCAGUUGGUUCUUCUAGUAGUAGAUUACAGUCAGAAGACUCUUCCAGUGAUGUCAGAGGUGAAAUUGCUGACAGGAAGGAAAAGUUUCAUGAUGAAGAAACAGACAAGAGGGAAAAUGGGGAUGAUGAUGAUGAUGAUGAUGAGGAGGAGGAGGAGGAGGAAGAUGAGGCUGAAGAGGAAGAAGAAAACAGAAAGUUGACUGAAAGACUACAGGAGUUGGUUGGAACCAAAUGCCGUGUUACCUACAAUACCUCUUGGGCCAUGUAUGGCUGUCACAAUGCUCUUAUAACAGAUGUGUUGCCCUUCGAUUCCAUGUCCCCUGCUAAGGUAGAAGUUAUGUUCUGUAAUCCCAUGCAUCGUACCAUGGUUCCUUGUCAGUACUUUCUCAACGGUAAAUGUAGGUUUUCUGAUGAAAAAUGCAAUUUCUCCCAUGGUUAUGUAGCAAAUUUAGAUGACAUAAGGCCUUAUCAUGAACCAGAUUACAGUUCUUUGCAGAUAGGUGGCAAAUGUCUGGCACGUUACACUGAUGGCUUGUGGUGCAACGUAAAGAUUGAAGGAAUUGAAGAAGAUGGCCGUUUUGUUGUAGCUUUUGAAGGUCAUAAUGAUGUCCUUGUUGUUGGGUCUGAUGAAAUAAUGCCAGCUGCUGUUACAGAUGAAGAAUUCCCUUGUGAAUCUGACACAGAGGAAGAUGACGAUGAUGAUCAUUAUGGCAGUCAACCUACUGCUUCUUUGAUGUAUGUAGCUCCAAAAACAACAGUGGCAUUAGGAGAAUGGGAAACACACACAAAGGGAAUUGGUUCUCAGUUGAUGGCCAAGAUGGGUUAUAUCGCUGGUCAGGGUCUUGGAAGAAACAACGAAGGGAAGAUAGAACCAAUCCCCAUCGAAGUCUUGCCAGCUGGCAAGUCACUUGACACAGUGAUGAAACUGAAAGAGGAAGCAUCUAAUAAAAACCUAUUCAAUGUGCUGAACAAUGAGAAAGCAAAGAAGUCCCUUGAGAAGAAGAACAAAGCAGCUUAUAACAAGAUUGAACCUACAAAUGUAUUUGACUUCAUCAACAACAAACUGGAUAAGAAAACAGAUCAUGUUGGAAAACAUUUCCAAAAUGCUGGAAAGACAAAGAACAAGGUGAAAAGUACAAACACUGAAAGCUGUAAAGAAAUAUCUCUUCAGGAGUUGAGUAAGAAGUCAGAUCGUACUUUAAACAUACAGCUUAUGAAAACUGAAGGAGAACUACGAAGGGUUGACCGAGAGAUAACAAAGCUGCGUCAAUCCAUUUCAAGAAAUGAAGACCGGAAUCAGAGUGUUGUAAAAUCAGUGCAGGAAAAACUUAGCAACCUUGAGACAUACAAAAGCCAGCUGAAAGCAUCUGAGAAAGCUAUAGGACAGCAGAAAAACCAGAGACAUGCUCAUAAGAAACUGACUAUAUUCUGAUUGCCAUAUUUAAUUCUGAAGAGAAACAGUUACAUCUAUCUGAAAGUUCUUUUACAAAACUAAAUAUUUAUGGAUAUGGAACACAAGUCUUAAUAUUUUUCAUUUUUACUUCUUUUUUUAAAAUAGUAAAUAUAAUUUUUAAUCAUUUAUUUUUAUCACAUUUUUUUAAGAAUUUCAAUUCAAAAAACUUUUUCGUUUUGUUUUUUUUAAAAUACAUAUAUUUUGGGGCUAGCAAAUAAUAAUAUAACAUUAUUUAAUUUUAUCCUAAAUUCUAAGUUCAAAUCCUGCCUGGAUUGACUCUGUCAAGUUUUCCUUGAGAUUAAUAAAAGGAACAGUAAUAAUACACUGGCAUUAGUUCAAAUGACUCCUCAUGUGAUAUCGUACGUAGUGAAAGAUAUCAGUUAUAUUUUGGAAAAUAAGAAGAAAACAUUUCAAGUCUCUCUUAAUACUCUUAUUUGGUUAGUUGAGGAAAGAAAUUCUGUAGAUGAAACAAAAGUAAGAAAAAGAUGCUGAACAACCGAUAUUGUGAUUGCUAUUGAUGAUGAUGAUGAUGAUGAUGGUCAUCAUGUGUGUGAUGUUGAUGAUGCUGUAUUUUAUUAUUUUAAUGUUUCUUUUUGGCUAAUUAUUGUAGGGUUGGAUAUAGUUGAUUGAAACCCUACUCCAGAACUACAAAAUAUUGAAUUGGCCCUUGCAGUUCUUGAAGUACAAAACAGAAAAUGAAACUAAAUACUUCUAAAGGCUUCUAAUCUUGUGCUCUGUCGGCUCAGCUUCUUCUCUACCACAUCCACCAUCAUAUAAACAAUUCCUGUCUUGUGUUUGUAAAACAGACACAUUUAAUAAUUCAAAUAAAUUCGUUUGCUUUGAUAAUUACUGGGAGGAAAGGAGGGGGUAAUUCAUUGUUUGGAUGAGACACCUAGGUUGCCACAGAAACACCAAGAAGCAAUUCAAAUAAAUCUCAGAUGACCAAAAAAAGCUACACGUGAUGACAUGUUAGCUGUUCAUAUCCUGAUACUGAAUUGUGUCAAUGACCAGUCCACUUCACUGUAGGGUGGAAUAAUUGAGAUGUUGCUAGUGGCUGCAAUAUGAAAAGUGAUUUGCUAAGGUACAAUCUUGUGAGUUUUAGCUACAAGAUAGACUUGACUGAAUGCUUUACUUUGAAGGUUCAUCCAAUCCUCUAACUCUAAUUGAAAGAGUCAUUGAAGUAAAAGGUUUUUUUAAGAAAGUGACACUCAAAAUGUUUGUAAAGAUUUGUUUAUAUAUAUAUAAAAAGGACACAUGUAUUUCAUACUUUGACCAAGUUAAAUGCUUUUAUAUAUUUACUAUUUAUUAAUAAGCUUCUUUUUGUUUUUGUAUACUGUUUAUUAAUGUAUGUCAUUUGCAUGUGUUUAUUAACACAUGUCAUCAACUUGUAUCGUUAACAAAUGUUAAUUGAGUCUCUUUGUUAACAUAACUCCAUUGUAUCAUAACUGCUUCACCGAAAGCAUUAAAUCAUAAAGAAAUGUAAAAAAAAAAAUAACUAAAAUAAAAAUAAAUAUGAAAUUUUUC